CUUGGUCGGAUGCACAAAAUCCGGGUGCAGUGCUUUCUGCCCGUUGCCUAGACGAUCACUUGGUUUCUCUGAGGAUGUCUGGUUCUCGUAAAGAGUUUGAUGUGAAGCAGAUUUUGAAAAUCAGAUGGAGGUGGUUUAGCCAUCAAGCAUCAUCUCAUUCUACAGUUGACAGCCAGCAGGGAGAAUUUUGGAAUCGAGGACAGACUGGCGCAAACGGUGGGAGAAAGUUUUUAGAUCCAUGUAGCCUCCAGUUGCCUUUGGCUUCAAUUGGUUACCGAAGGUCCAGCCAACUGGAUUUUCAGAAUUCACCUUCUUGGCCAAUGGCAUCCACCUCUGAAGUCCCUGCGUUUGAGUUCACAGCAGAAGAUUGUGGCGGUGCCCAUUGGCUGGAUAGACCAGAAGUGGAUGAUGGCACUAGUGAAGAAGAAAAUGAAUCUGAUUCCAGUUCGUGCAGAACAUGGAAUUCUGAACUAUGGUGUUGGAAUAAUAAUAAAUAUAGACCAGUCGUCUAUAAUCAUUUGUAUAACGGAGAGAGGGGCAUAUCUUUACAUAGGACUUCCAACAGUAGUCAGACGUUAUCAUCCUGCCAUACUAUGGAGCCAUGUUCAUCAGAUGAAUUUUUCCAAGCCCUUAAUCAUGCUGAGCAAACAUUUAAAAAGAUGGAAAACUAUUUGAGACAUAAACAGUUGUGUGAUGUAAUUCUAAUUGCAGGUGAUCGCAGAAUUCCAGCUCAUAGAUUGGUGCUCUCCUCUGUCUCAGAUUAUUUUGCUGCCAUGUUUACUAAUGAUGUCAGGGAAGCAAGACAAGAAGAAAUAAAAAUGGAAGGUGUUGAACCGAAUUCACUAUGGUCCUUGAUUCAGUAUGCAUAUACAGGCCGCCUUGAAUUAAAAGAAGAUAAUAUUGAGUGCCUGCUGUCCACAGCUUGCCUCCUUCAGCUUUCACAGGUUGUGGAAGCUUGUUGUAAGUUUUUAAUGAAGCAGCUUCACCCAUCCAACUGUCUUGGAAUCCGUUCUUUUGCCGAUGCCCAGGGUUGUACAGAUUUACAUAAAGUGGCUCACAAUUACACCAUGGAACAUUUCAUGGAAGUAAUUCGAAACCAGGAAUUUGUAUUAUUACCAGCCAGUGAAAUCGCAAAGCUCUUGGCGAGUGAUGACAUGAACAUUCCUAACGAGGAGACAAUACUGAAUGCUCUUCUUACUUGGGUCCGUCAUGAUUUGGAACAGAGACGGAAAGAUCUCAGUAAACUUCUGGCUUAUAUUAGGCUACCUCUUCUCGCACCGCAGUUCCUGGCAGACAUGGAAAAUAAUGCACUUUUUCGGGAUGAUAUAGAAUGUCAGAAACUUAUUAUGGAAGCGAUGAAAUACCAUUUAUUACCAGAGAGACGACCCAUGUUACAAAGCCCUCGGACAAAACCUAGAAAGUCAACAGUUGGAACGUUAUUUGCAGUUGGAGGAAUGGAUUCAACAAAAGGAGCAACAAGCAUCGAGAAGUAUGAUCUUCGUACAAAUAUGUGGACUCCUGUAGCAAAUAUGAAUGGGAGGAGGCUACAGUUUGGUGUCGCUGUGUUAGAUGACAAACUGUACGUGGUUGGAGGAAGAGAUGGACUGAAGACUUUGAACACUGUAGAAUGUUACAAUCCCAAAACAAAAACGUGGAGUGUAAUGCCUCCUAUGUCCACCCACAGACAUGGCCUUGGUGUGGCUGUAUUGGAAGGUCCCAUGUAUGCUGUAGGCGGACAUGAUGGCUGGAGCUAUCUGAACACAGUAGAAAGAUGGGACCCUCAGGCUCGCCAGUGGAAUUUUGUUGCCACUAUGUCCACCCCCAGGAGCACAGUAGGUGUGGCAGUACUAAGUGGAAAACUUUAUGCAGUUGGUGGUCGUGAUGGAAGUUCUUGCCUCAAAUCAGUAGAAUGUUUUGAUCCUCACACUAAUAAAUGGACACUCUGUGCACAAAUGUCAAAAAGGAGAGGGGGAGUAGGAGUAACUACCUGGAAUGGAUUGCUGUAUGCGAUUGGAGGACACGAUGCCCCUGCAUCCAACUUGACUUCCAGACUCUCAGACUGUGUGGAGAGAUAUGAUCCCAAAACAGAUAUGUGGACUGCAGUGGCAUCUAUGAGCAUCAGCAGAGACGCAGUGGGAGUCUGUUUACUUGGUGAUAAAUUAUAUGCUGUUGGAGGGUAUGAUGGACAGACUUAUCUUAAUACAGUGGAGGCUUAUGAUCCCCAGACAAAUGAGUGGACCCAGGUUGCUCCACUAUGCCUAGGAAGAGCUGGGGCUUGCGUCGUAACUGUCAAACUAUAAUACAGUGCUUUGUUUUCUAAAUGAAGAUAUCGUCUUCCUCACGAAUUUACUAAAAUUAUUCUCCUACCAAGGGAUACAUUUUUAGCCAAUUUGCAAUGCCGCAUUCCUGGGCACGGAGUGCCCAAUCUCAAAGCGAAGACAGUCAAACAAGGCAGCAACGAGGGGAAGACCAGGGAUUAAAUCCUGCAUUUCUCCAUUAAGUCAUUUCUCAGUAAAUCAAAACUACAGCUGGGGGACUGACACCACGUGUGAGGACAAAUUCACCGCUCUAAAAACAGAAGCCUAUGCUGGCUGGGGAUGUCAUUUAUUAAUAAUCAAUCACAUUUUACUAACAUUACCCAGAUUUCUUUUACUACAGUGCACAUACACCAGAGAACACUUUGAACAUUUGCUUUAUAACUUUAUCAUACGUUGGUUGCAGUAAUUUUUAUCCGUUUAACCACAACUGCUGCUUUCAUGACAUACUAAACACUAUGCUAAUCUUC